AAAUCGGGUUAUUUCUGUAUGUUUACGAACGUUUAGGGGACACUUCAGAAUUCUUAAUAACUACAAAGUCUUCACACUCACAAAUCUCCGCUUUCUAUUUUCUGCAGCGAGAAAGCCAGAGAGAGGAGAGAAAGAAAUGGGUCGGAAGAAGACCGUAGAGUUCGAUGAAUCCCCGCCAGAUUUUGACCCGGAGAAUCCAUACAAGGACCCAGUUGCAAUGCUUGAGAUGCGAGAACACAUAGUGAGAGAGAAAUGGAUAGACAUAGAGACAUCAAAGAUCAUUCGUGAGAAGCUCCGUUGGUGUUAUAGGAUAGAGGGGGUUAAUCAUCUUCAGAAAUGUAGGCAUCUUGUUCAACAAUACAUGGAUUCUACUCGUGGGAUUGGUUGGGGAAAAGAUGGUCGUCAUCCUGAUCAACAUGGUCCUAAGGUUGCUGUGGAGUGAUUUUGCGGAGGUGCUACUGGAUAUGUUGAGAACAGCUUACAUGUAUAAAGGGCAAAAAAACAGAUAUUGCACGAGCUGAUCGCAUAGUUUGGUUUCUUUGCUUUAUGUCAAAAAACUAAAUUCUCUUGUAGAUCUAUUUGUUCUGAAUUCUGGAUGAUGUCGGCUUUGAGUUUAAUCUUUCUGACUUGUGAAUGUGAUUCAAACAAUGGACACGUGGAUACAAGGUGAUAAAUAAGCUUUCUGAUAA